AUGAUUCGCGAUUGGGAGAAUUUUGAUAAAUAUUAUCCUGAUCGCGAGGUUCUCCAGCCGAUUGCCCUUUCAUAUCUAUCGGCGAAACACGGAAUAGGUAUUAUGCCUGAUGAUCUUCCUCCGGAUGAAUCAACUCCGGCUGUCAUUCCUACCGGUAUUUUUACACAAAAAGAACUAUUUGCCUAUGAGCAUCAGAGAAAUAAUAGAUUGUUUGCACUACCAUACCAUGUUUUUUCAGAAGAAGUAGAAGCACCAGAAAAUGAUAAAAAUUGUUAG